AUGUUAUCAAUUAUUCGUUCCAGAUCACUAGGUUGUGCACGUCUUACUCCAUUAAGAAUGUAUUCAUCUAAGCCAGAAGGCGGUCCAGAUGCCAACAUUAACUCCAACGACGCUUUUCGCAAGAGAGAAAAGGCCCAAGAAGACAUGUAUGUCAAGCAACAUGAGAAGGAGCAGUUGAAACGUUUACGCGAGAAAUUGCAAGAACAACAGAAGAAGAUUGAUUCUUUGGAACAACAAAUUCAAAAGUAA